GGUCGGAGAUACAUGCCGGGGAGAGCGAGGAGGCUGUCCAGGGACAAGGGCAGGCUGAGAUUGGCCGAGGGGACCGUGAUGGUCUGUCUUUGCAAAUGUCAGUGCAGCUGGCGGGCUGAGAGCCUCGUGGGUGGGGUCCAUUGCAAGUAGUACUGGUCCCCUUCUCCAGGGCGGGUGUGUGUUCCACCCUGGCCUGAGGGUAGGGGGAGAAAGAAGGGGGAUCUCUGAGACCCCACUCUGCAGAUAGAUCGACUGAGGUUGUAGUGAACAGUGAGAUCUGGAAGUGUAGAGAAGGCCUGCAUGGAGGUCUAGGUCCCUGAUGGGGGUGGAGGACCGCAGGGGAGUGCCGGCUCAGCCUGCUCUGGGGCAGGCCUCAGUGCUCUGCAGGAACAGGAGCCCUAGGCUUUUAUUUGCGGGGGAGGGCAUGGGAGGAGUGGUUGCAGACAGGGUUGUACAGGAGCAGUGGCCCUUUGGGUGAUCUAGAACUCUGCAGUGGUCAGGAUAGUGGUGUGGUGGUCUUGUACAUGCAUGUGUAUUUUGAGGGGAGUUUAGCUGGUGAGCAGCUGGCACAUUGAGAGGAGCUUUUGACAGUGAGUCAGGAAACUUAGGGCCUAGUCCGAGCUCACCUUGUGCGACCUUGGGCAAGUAAGGUGACCUCACUGUGCCUCCGUUACCCUGUCUAUAAAGUAGGGCUCAAUAAGCCCUGUUCCUUCCUUGGGGUUGCUGUGAGGACAGUGGGAAACAAUUUAAGAGACCACGGUGCUAUGGGGAAGAGAAUCCUUAGAACCAGCAUGAAUGGAAUGGAGCCGAACUUGGGGGUGUUUGCUGAGCCUCGGGGUCAGGCUUCUGUGUCUUGGGGAUGCCAAGAGGAAUCAAGCUGAGACCAGCACCGCCCUCCCCCCCCCCACCCCCCAGGGAAGGUCACCCUCCCUUUCAGUGACUUGCAAACCUUUUGCAGGCAUGCCACAUUUUGAUAAACAAAGAGCUGCUGCCUUUAAUGUUUAAUUGAGAUUACUUUCAAGUGUACAGGGUUUUUGUUUUGUUUCUUCUUUUACGCUUUUCAAAAAUAUCUGUGAGCCACCGGUGACCCCAUCCCUCCCUCCAGAUUGGGGAUGCACCUACCUAUCCCCUCCCUCCUUGAGAUGCUGGUUGGAGAGAUAAGACAUAUGCAGGUGCUAAGUUGUAAGACUAGAAGCCCUUGGAUAUCACCCGUUGGCAUUUAUUCAGUACUUUGUGUGGCAGGUUGGGUGCUUGCUGUUGGGGAUAAAAGAAGGAGGCGGCUCUGUCCUUAAGGCUUUGUGAUGACUGAGGGUCAUAAGGUUGGGCCGUAGGGCUCAGGAGGGGCUGGAGGGGCCAGGGAAAGGUUCUAGCAGGAGGUGAACUUGAGAAAGGCCUUAAGGAGGGGCAGGGUGUGAUUAAAGGGUAGAGGAGAAAGAAGGGCUUUCCAGCAGGGGAACGCUGGCUUGAACAAGACUGUAGAGGGGUGGAUGCUGAAGUUGUGGGAAGCCAGUUCAAGGUCCAGUGACCCUGAGGUUGGGGGCCGGCUGAUCCUUGGAUCCCCCCACCCCUGACUCCUCUCUCUGCUUCUGCCUCCCCAGGGACUGGUGACUGCGGCUGGAAGUGCCCAUGACAGAGCUGGCGUCCUCGGGGGGCGGGUCCCCUGCGGGGGACGGGGAGGAGGGUCUGGGGGACGAGCGAGGCCUGGUCAUCCACCACCCCGCGGAGGAGCAGCCUCACCGCUGCCCACUGUGCGGCCAGACCUUCUCGCAGCAGCCCAGCCUGGUGCGCCACCAGAAGGCACACGCUGGGGUGGGCCGCGCGGCUGCCUUCGUGUGCCCCGAGUGCGGCAAGGCCUUCAGCGUCAAGCACAACCUGGAGGUGCACCAGCGCACGCACACCGGCGAGCGGCCCUUCCCCUGCCCGGAGUGUGGCCGCUGCUUCAGCCUCAAGCAGAACCUGCUCACGCACCAGCGCAUCCACAGCGGCGAGAAGCCGCACCAGUGCGCGCAGUGCGGCCGCUGCUUCCGCGAGCCGCGCUUCCUGCUCAACCACCAGCGCACCCACGCGCGCAUGCCCGCACCGCAUCCGCGCCGCCCCGGCGUGUUCGGGGAGCGGCGGCCCUACUUCUGUGCCCGCUGCGGCAAGAGCUUCGCGCGCGAGGGCUCGCUCAAGACCCACCAGCGCAGCCACGGCCACGGGCCCGAGGGCCAGGCGGCCCAUUUAGGCCGCGUGCUAUGAUGCGCGCCAGGCCUGCCGCCGCCGGUUUCCUGCCCCAGAGCCGCGUCCGUGACUCCAGGAGAUGGCGCUGGGCUGCGGCCCCCGUUCUGGAUUUGAUCCUGAGAGACGGGGAGGGCUGGCUUGGGGUCUUGAAGGAGUGGGCCGCUGCCCCGCUUGGGCCGCCUCUUUCCGAGUCUUCUCCACCCUACGGCUGGUCGUCCACAGCUGCUUUGGGCCCCUGCAUUGGUUUUCCUCCUCUGGCUCACCCGGCCUAGAGUAGAUGUGGAGUGGGCAGGACCUCUGGGAAGUGUGUGAGGCACAUCUGGGCACAGAGUCUAGGAAUGGGGCCCUCUGGGGCCCUGCCCACCGGCAUGAGGACAUGUCCCCUAAGAAGACCUACCUCGGGAGGUGCCCUGCAGAGGGGACUGAUGCAGCCUGGAAUUGGAGGCCGGUUCUGUGCCCCGGUGGAAAAACUCCCCGAACCAGUUGGGAGUCACGGCCAGAGAAGAGCUCGUCCUGGCUGCCUGGCCACAGACUUCCACUCUCAUGUGGCAGCAGGGACAGUGCCUGUGUGGAGAGCCAGCUUCUCUGCGCCUGCCUGGCCCAUCAGAGACAGCAAGUAACUGGCCCAAGAGAACACAGCAAAGUCAGCAGGAGGCCUGGCUCUAGAGGCGAAGCCUUUCCCCCAGGUGUGAACCAUACUUGCAAGGCUCCACUUUCCUUUCAGAGCAAUGGUUCUUAAGACUUUGGGGGUGUGAAACCCUUGGGAAAUCUAGCAAACGAUAUGAACCUUCUCCCCAGGAAAAUGCAUACUCAUGGAGACACGAGAAUCUACAAACAAUGCCAGAGCUCCUGGACUCCUGGCUGAGAAUCUCAGCCCCAGGACAGAACCUGCCACUCUUUCCUUACCUACGAUAGAUCCCUGGGUCAGGGCCACCCCACAAGUAGCAUUUCUCCCUCCCCCUGCUGAACUUCCUUCCCUCACUCAGGAAUAAAGAAUUCUGAGGAGGGGACCCUUUUAGUCGCUCUCCUCCCAGGCCUCACGGGGCCUCAGGCUCCUGGAACCUCUCUUCCCUUCCGCAGACGUUGCUGGAGGCUCUCUGGGCUGGGUUCGCUCUUCUCUGAUUUGGGGUGCUUGCUCUGGCUGCUGGGUUUCACCAUGCCCAGGAUCCCUGGCCCGGGCUCUGUCUGAUCUCACCAUGAAAGUGGCGGGGAAAGCAGGGAGUUCCAUGGUGUAGGGUGUGCGUGACCUUGGGUCCACCCGGGGGGAGGGAUCCUGCUUCCCAGCAGCCAAGCCUCUGCCACACCAGGUGUUUAGCCAGGCCUGAUGUGGGGAAGGCUGAGGGGGCAGACGGAGCUUGGCUCCUGGUGCCCGCCAGCUCUGAGGCCAAGGAGCUUUCCCGAGGUCCGUGCAUGGAUGUGGAGGGGCAGAGGCUGGACCACCAGCAGGGAGAGGACUUCUGUUUCCACCCUGAGCGGGUUGGCCUGGAGCUCACUGGCCUCCCCAGAACAAACCACUCAUCUGAAGAGGUGUGGCCGAUUAGGGUUGGGCUGGGGUUUCGAUGACCUCCAGAUGCAGUUCUACUUAGUGAAAAUCUUGGGGGUGGGGAGAGGCCUGGAGCCAUGGAUUUAGAUCAAAUCCCAGCAAUGGGAGUUGUGGGGGGCGCUGUGGAGCGUUCUGGUGGGAGGUCCUAGGGCCCAGCUGGGCUUUGGUCAGGGUUGUCUGGAGGCCCCCCUCCCCAGCUCCUGCCCUGGGAUCUUGCCUGUCCCGUCUCCCUUGCAGCCUGCUGCAAAUCUGCCGCACGCCUCGUCCUGGAAUAACAAACCGUGCUGGGGGAGAUCAGAGAAACAGGAGGAGUUCUGCACUCCAGAAGCUUCCAUUUGCUCUGAUCCUUGGCCUGCCUGGAGGGAGCCUCAGGGAGGGAGCCUCCCUGCCGAUCGAUUGUCAGCUCACCUCCCUCCAGUCUAACCACGCAGCCCUCAUGCGCUGUUGCGGCCUCUGCCUUCCCUGGUAUCGCUGUGAAAUGCGCCCCUCCCCCGUCCUCCCCAAACCCACUUCUCCACCAGGACCUCCAUCCUCUUUCUCUGAAGGUCCCUGUGUUAACUCCGUCUCACCCUCGGGGGCACAUGCCGCCUUGCACUCUGGCUUUCCAUGCGUGCGCACGUGUGUAUGUAUGUGUGUGUGUGUGUGUUGAGUCUCCAGCUAGACUGUGCGCUCCCUGAGGGCAAGGGAUGUGCCAUUUCCUCUUGAACCCCAACAGGGUCCAGCACAGGGCUGGGCUCAUAACACUCAGGAAAUACUUGUCUACUGGCUGAUGGGUCAAGUGCUGGAGGCUAGAGGGUGGCUGGUGGUGGGAGGAGGUGGCAGGUGAGUUCACACGUGGGUUGUGGGUUCGUUUCACUGGGCUGUGAGCUGGCUCCCCUGGGGCACUAAUGACUGUAGGAGACCUCAGGUCCUCCCCUACUUGGGCCAGUGGGACAGGAGGGACGCCCCCAUGGCUACGCGGGAGUGCGUGUCAAUGGUCGUCCAGGCUGGAUAUUUCUGUCGGUCACCGAUACCUGCCGGAGCUGACCAAGUGGAAUGAAUGUUCUCUCGACAUCA